UUCCCGGUGGCACCACCGUGCUGGUGGAGCUCACCCCCGACAUCCACAUCUGCGGCAUCUGCAAGCAGCAGUUCAAUAACCUCGAUGCCUUCGUGGGGCACAAGCAGAGCGGUUGCCAGCUCACUGGUGCAACGGCCGGCGCCACCAGUACGGUCCAGUUUGUGUCCGAAGAAACGGUGCCAUCGACACAGACGCAAACCACAACCAGGACCAUCGCUUCGGAGACCCAAACCAUCACAGUUUCUGCACCAGAGUUUGUUUUUGAGCAUGGCUAUCAAACCUACCUGCCCAGUGAGAGUAGUGAGCCUCCAACUGCUGCUAUCGUCUCUACACCACCAAAAGCACGUUCAAGAAAAUCCACUUCCUCGCUGGCACAGAAGAAAUUAAACUGCUGCUAUCCAGGUUGCCAGUUCAAGACUUCCUAUGGUAUGAAGGAUAUGGAACGUCAUCUACGAACACACACAGGAGACAAGCCCCAUAAAUGUGAAGUUUGUAACAAAUGUUUUAGUCGUAAAGAUAAGCUGAAGAUGCAUAUGCGUUCUCAUACGGGGGUGAAGCCUUACAAAUGUAAACACUGUGACUAUGCAGCUGCUGACAGCAGCAGUCUCAACAAGCACCAGCGCAUUCAUUCCAACGAGCGGCCUUUUAAAUGCCAGAUCUGUCCUUAUGCCAGCCGCAACUCCAGCCAGCUAACUGUACAUCUCAGAUCUCACACGGGUGAUGCGCCUUUCCAAUGUCAGAUGUGUCCUGCUAAAUUUAAAAUCAACUCAGACUUGAAGAGGCACAUGCGUGUGCAUUCUGGUGAGAAGCCUUACAAAUGUGAGUUCUGUGAGGUCCGCUGCGCCAUGAAAGGAAACUUGAAAUCACACAUUCGUAUCAAGCACAGCAUGGAAAAUACUCUCAAGUGUCCAGAGUGUGAAUUUCAGUGUGGAAACAAAACAAGCCUUCGGCACCACAUAAGAACUCAUCAGCCCGAGCAACCAGUGAAGUGCUCAGAGUGCAACUACUCUUGCUCCAACAAGGCAGCUCUGAAAGUGCACGAGCGCAUCCACUGCAAAGAUCGUCCUUUCAAAUGUGAAUUCUGCAGCUUUGAUACCAAGCAGCGGAGCAACCUGACAACUCAUGUGAGGAAAGCUCAUGGUGACAAAGUCAAGAGCAAGAAGCAAACGGUGGAGAAGGAAGGAGAUAGGCCAAAGCAAGGUGGCUCCAGGCAAGUUGCCAGAUUGGAUGCCAGGAAAGCAUUUAAGUGUGACCUAUGUGACGCUUCCUUUGUCCGAGAAGAUUCUCUCAGGAGUCAUAAGAAGCAGCACAGUAUGUAUAAUGGAUGUAAAAAUAGCGAACUGGCUGUUCUACAGCUCCAGAUGGAUCCCAGCCGGCAGGCCAGUGCCCCAAUUACUGUCAGUCACCUCCAGGUCCCGCUUCAGGCUGCUCAGGUUUCUCCAUACAAUGAGGGAAGGGUCAAGAUCAUCGUGGGUCACCAGGUCCCUCAGACUAACAGUAUUGUUCAGGCUGCAUCAGUGAAUGUCGUGCCUCCUACAUUAGUUAGCCAGAAUCAGGAAGAUCUCUCAGCCAACAGCCGCUUGCAGCUGCUGGGCCAAGUGAGUUUGUUGGCACCACCUCCACCUCCCAUAUCUCAAAGUGAAGCAGGGCCUGUGGCACAACCAGCAGUUCUUCUCACGACCCACGAUCAAAGCGAUGGAAGCGCUUUACAUCAAACUCUGAUUCCCGCUGCUCCUGUCAGCAGUCAUGAGGCUUCAGCAAACCAAGCUUUCAUCACCAGCUCUGGAAUCAGCUGCUCUGACUUAGAAGGUCUUAAUGCUUUAAUACAAGAAGGAGCAACAGAAGUGACUGUGGUUAGUGACGGAGGUCAAAGUAUAACAGUGUCCACUUCAGCUCCCCCUCCUCCUAUCUUUUCCUCAUCCUCUCACACAGAAGCCCCUAAGCAGACCUAUUCUAUCAUUCAAAGUGGAGCCCACACAGCUUUGCUGUGUCCAGCAGACUCCAUACCAGAUUAGGCACAAAGUACUAUUACUAAACAAAUUGCAAUCUCAGAGGCAGUG